AUGGCGAUUGAAGGUCCUUUAUUCUUCUUCGCCGUCUUCUUCCUAGCCUUUGCCUUGGCAAGCACUACUGAAGCUGUGAAGCCGAGUCAUUAUUCAAUGCCAUUUAACAGAAGCAGUUUUCCGGCCGAUUUCGUAUUCGGAGCUGGUUCUUCAGCUUACAAGUGUGAAGGAGCAGCACUUCUUUAUGGAAGAGGACCAAGUAUAUGGGAUACUUUCACUAAAAAACAUCCAGCUCCUUUCCAUGAGCUCCUUUCCAAUGGAAUAAUACCCUUUGUGACACUCUUUCAUUGGGAUUUGCCACAAGCUCUUGAAGAUGAAUAUGGUGGAUUUCUAAGUGAGAAGAUUGUGGAAGAUUAUCGAGAAUAUGCAGAUUUUAUCUUCAAAACAUUUGGUGAUCGGGUCAAGCAUUGGGUCACUAUAAAUGAACCAAGUAUUUUUACAGUGUACGGAUACAAUGGAGGUAAUUUUGCACCUGGCAGAUGUUCAAACUACGUCGGAAAUUGUACCGCCGGAGAUUCUGCCAAAGAGCCCUACAUUGUUGGCCAUCAUUUACUUUUUGCUCAUGCAGCUGCUGUGAAGUUGUACAGAGAAAAGUAUGAGGUAUCUCAAAAGGGAAGAAUUGGAAUUACAUUAGUGACGAGAUGGUUUGAACCCAAAUAUAAUACUGAUGCCAACCGCAAGGCAGUCUCUAGAGCCCUGGAAUUCAAUUUAGGAUGGUUUUUGCAUCUUAUUACAUAUGGCGACUAUCCCCCAACCAUGAGAUCCUUAUUGGGAAGUCGGCUGCCCAAGUUCACUAAGGCCCAAUCUAUCACUCUGAAAGGCUCGAUCGAUUUUCUUGGCAUGAAUUAUUACACUGCAAAUUAUGUUCAACACACAAAUUCCAAUCCAGUCAACCAUAGCUAUUUCACUGAUAUUCAAGCUACUAUUACGACCCACAAAGAUGGAGUCUCUAUUGGUGGACCGACUGCUGUGAGUUGGCUUUUUGACUAUCCAAGAGGAAUUAGAGAGCUCAUGUUGUAUAUAAAGAAUAACUACAAAAAUCCGCCAGUCUAUAUUACUGAAAAUGGUUUUCCUGAGGCAAAUAAUAGCACACUGCCUGUGAAGGAGGCCCUCAAGGAUAGUAGAAGGAUAAAAUACCUCCAUGGCCAUCUCCUAUAUCUUUCAAAAUCCAUCAAGGAGGGUGUAAAUGUGAAAGGAUAUUAUGCAUGGGCAUUCCAUGACAAUUUUGAAUGGGCUUCUGGCUAUACUAUUCGGUUUGGUGAAGACUGA